AUGAAAACACUGAUUGUUUUAUCAAUUGCACUAAUUUGCAUUUAAGCUCAGGCUUUCUAAGUCGAUAACGAAGACUUAAAAUAAUUGUACAAUUUUACUCACGGUGCUACUACCUAUAACUAAACUGAAUAAUAUUUAAAUAAUUCAGCUUGGACUCAAAAAUAAUUGCCACCUGUUCCUCAAUAAUAUCCUCAUGAAAUCGAUGAAUAGAAUUCGACAGAUGUAAGCUCAUUUAAUAAAACCAAAAAACAUGGUGAAAGAGAUCAUAAAAAUCACGAAAAACAACGUGAAGAACAUAAAUGGGAAAAGAAACAUCAUGAAGGUAAAAAGCAUGAAAGAGAAGAAGAUGAAAAAAGACACCAAAAUCAUAAGAGAGAAAAACACCACAGAGAAGAAGAAAGUGAUCACGAAAACAGACGUGGCGGUGAUAUGAGAAAAAAAUAAGGAAAACACGAAGAAAAGAAUGAUUAAGGUCAUUUGAGAAGCUCUUCUAACCUUGUUGAAUCUAAAGGAUCUGGUUAUCACAGCUAAUUCAAAAAAUAAGGAUCUAAAUUAAAAAUGGCCUACAAAAGAUUGCCUAAGCCUGCAAGAAUCGCAAUAAAUAUUGCCUCCAUUUUAUUAGUUAUUGCUGUUCUAGUAAAGUUAGUCAAGUGCUGCAAGAGAAAGAGAUAACAAAGAAGAGAAAGAUAGAGAACUAUGAGAGAAUAAUACGUUUAAUAACAAACUGUCUAAUAAUAAUUGAAUAGUUCUAACAAUCCUCACGAGCUCUUCCUUCAAUAAAACAGCUAACCUAGCAUCCCUGUCGGAUAACCUGUUUAAAUGAAUUACUAAUAUCCUCAAUUAACCAAUACUCUAAUUAGCUAAUAACAAUUAUAACCUUAACAACCAAGAGUUGCCAUUCCAGUUGUUCACGCCUAGCCAUAUUAUGCUGUUCCAUCCAAUGAACACGCUUCGGUUCCUCAAAGACCUGUAGCUAUCCCCAGCAACUAAAACUUCAUGACUGUUGAACUUCCUUAAUUAAGCAUCAAUAAUGAUCAGUCAAGCAGAUAAUCAGUAGAAGUUGUUGAUGCAUAAAAUGUAAGAAGAUACCCUGUCUUACAACAAUAAAAUCCCUACUCUUAUCAAUAAUUCUGA